AUGUUAGAAACGGCACCUAUUGCCUCUCCCCAUGUCACUGCUCCUGGGGAGAAAUCCCUCGCCAAAAAAACGAAGGCAGGAGGAGGCACCAAAGCUCACAAACCCUCGGGUCCCAGCGUGACCGAGCUGAUCACCAAGGCGGUGUCCGCAUCCAAGGAGCGCAAAGGGCUCUCCUUGGCCGCUCUUAAGAAGGCUCUGGCCGCCGGGGGGUACGAUGUGGAGAAGAACAAAAGCCGCAUCAAGCUGGGACUAAAGAGCCUGGUGAGCAAGGGCACCUUGGUGCAGACCAAAGGCACCGGCGCAUCCGGCUCCUUCAAACUCAGCAAAAAGCCUGAUGUGACCAAGGAAAAGACGCCGAAAAAAAAGGCAGUGGCACAGCCUAAGAAACCAGCUGCCAAGAAACCCGCCAGCGCCUCCAAGAAACCAAAAAAGGCUGCGGCCGUGAAAAAGAGCCCGAAAAAAACCAAGAAACCAGCAGGUGCCGCAGCCAAGAAAGCGGCCAAGAGCCCCAAAAAGCUUACAGCCGCUAAGCCCACGAAAGUACCUAAGAGCCCGAGUAAAGCCAAAGCGGUGAAGGCCAAGUUUGUCAAGCCGAGUAAACUUAAAGUAGCGAAGGCGGCCCCCAAGAAGUGA